GCACUGUUGCUCGCAAUGCGCGCUUGGAUUGGAUUACUCUUAACGCUGUUUCUAUGUUCUGUGCGCUGUGAAAUGUGCGAUCGAGGCACUGGCGUGUGCAAAGAGUUGACUGCUACGGAUUGUCCAGUUAUAUUCUUUAUACAGCAUUUGAUAGCCAACGAAAUCAAGUACUGCAACGAGAUAGACGAAAUCGUGUGCUGUCCGCUGCCUCGGAAUAAUCAAAAGAAAGCUGUGGAGCCUGUGGAGGAGAAUCGUCCCUAUGAGAAGCAAUGCAAACACUUUAAUGAUAUCAGAGCAGCUUGUCACCAGUCGCCCUUUAUCGUGGGCGGCACCAAGGCGGCUGGCCGGGAAUUUCCUUUCAUGGCUCUGAUUGGGAUCGCGAAGCGUGGCAAAAGCGAAAUAAAUUGGGAUUGUGGUGGCACCUUGGUGCAUCCGAGAUUUGUGGUCACAGCUGGGCACUGCCUGGAAACUCCUGAGACCAAGGAGCAGCGCUUGGAUCCCAAUUUCGAUUCGCCGAAAUUUGUGGUUCGUCUGGGCGAACUGGACUACAACAGCACAGCAGAUGAUGCCCAGCCGCAAGACUUUAAGGUUGUCAACUACGUGGUGCAUCCCGCCUAUAAUGACGAUGACGACAACAAAGUGGAGAACGACAUUGCUAUAAUCGAGCUGGACAGGAAUGCGACUCUAAAUGAGUACGUUGCACCCGCUUGCCUGCCGCCCAGCACGGGCAACGAUCAGCAACAGCUGACAGCUGCCGGCUGGGGACUCACGGCAGAUGCUGGCCAUAAGUCUUCGCACCUGCUCAAGGUAUCCCUCGAACGUUUCGAUGAUGAUCUAUGCGAAGAGCGUCUCGAAGUGGAAAUCGAAUCGCGCACCCAAUUCUGUGCUGGCUCCAUCAACGGCAUCGGCGACACCUGCAACGGCGAUUCGGGUGGACCCAUUUUCGUGCAGCAUCCGCGAUACAGUUGUCUCAAGCUUCUAAUUGGCAUCACUUCCUAUGGCGGCAUCUGCGGCACCAGAGGUCGUCCAUCAGUGUACACCAAGGUCUACCUCUAUACAGAUUGGAUUGAGAGUAUUGUGUGGGGUGAGUAAAUUAGCUCUGCCAAUUCAUUUUAAGUAUAAAAUGCAGAG